GUCAUUUAAUAGAUAAGUACCUAUUUAUUAUUGUAGGCAAAUUGUGGUGGCGUGGACCAACUUCCUGCAGAGUGAAAGAGGAAUGAUUGAAUGGACAGGGAAGAAAGGUUUCACACUGUUGUCUUUGAAAGAUGGUGAUGUUAUAUUCUCUGAAGGAAGAAGAUUUGCUUUUGGAUUCUUCAGCUUGGGGAAUUCAAAGCUCAGGUAUGUUGGGAUUUGGUAUGCUCAAGUCUCUGAGCAGACUGUUGUAUGGGUUGCAAAUAGAGACCAUCCUAUUAAUGACACAUCUGGUCUCAUAAAGUUCAGUACCAGAGGGAAUCUUUGUGUGUAUGCAUCUGGAAAUGGAACAGAGCCUAUUUGGUCUACUGAUGUUAUUGAUAUGAUCCAAGAACCAGCUUUAGUUGCGACGCUAACUGAUUUAGGCAACCUUGUUCUGCUUGAUCCUGUCACUGGGAAAAGUUUUUGGGAGAGCUUUAAUCAUCCUACAAACACUUUGCUUCCCUUUAUGAAGUUUGGAUUCACUCGUCAAGACGGUGUGGAUAGUAUUAUGACAUCUUGGAGAUCUCCUGGUGACCCGGGUUCUGGAAACAUUACAUUCCGGAUAGAACGUAGAGGGUUUCCGCAGAUGAUGAUGUACAAGGGUCUGACUCUGUGGUGGCGUACUGGCUCAUGGACAGGGCAAAGAUGGAGUGGUGUGCCUGAAAUGACAAACAAGUUUAUCUUCAAUAUCUCCUUUGUGAGUAAUCCAGAUGAAGUAUCGAUCACUUACGGAGUGUUGGAUGCUUCGGUUACAACACGAAUGGUGCUAAACGAGACGGGAACUCUGCAACGGUUCAGAUGGAACGGGAGAGAUAAGAAAUGGAUCGGGUUCUGGUCAGCUCCCGAAGAUAAGUGUGACAUCUACAACCACUGUGGCUUUAACGGUUACUGUGAUCCCACCAGUACAGACAAGUUUGAGUGCUCUUGCUUACCGGGGUACGAGCCUAAGACACCCCGAGAUUGGUUCUUGAGGGAUGCUUCGGACGGGUGCACGAGGAUAAAAGCAGCUUCGAUAUGUAAUGGGAAAGAAGGGUUUGCAAAGUUGAAGCGAGUGAAGAUUCCCAAUACAUCAGCUGUUAAUGUAGAUAUGAACAUAACAUUGAAGGAAUGCGAACAGAAGUGCUUGAAGAACUGCUCUUGUGUCGCUUAUGCGAGUGCUCACCAUGAGAGCGAAAACGGAGCAAAAGGGUGCUUGACAUGGCACGGCAAUAUGCUGGAUACAAGGACAUACUUGAGCUCGGGACAAGAUUUCUACCUACGCGUAGAUAAGUCAGAGUUAGCACGGUGGAAUGGAAAUGGCUCAUCAGGGAAGAUGAGACUUUUUUUAAUUCUCAUCAGUUUGCUUGCAGUCGUCAUGUUACUUAUGAUCAGUUUGUUCUGUUUCAUAAGGAAACGAAGACAGUUUAAAAGGCUGAGAAGAGCUCCAUCAAGCUUCGCUCCGAGCUCUUUUGAUCUUGAAGACUCAUUCAUACUUGAAGAGCUUGAGGACAAAUCGAGAACCCGGGAGUUGCCUCUCUUUGAGCUUAGCACGAUUGCUGCAGCAACGAAUAACUUCGCUUUUCAAAACAAGCUUGGAGCAGGUGGUUUUGGACCGGUUUAUAAGGGAGUGUUACAAAAUGGUAUGGAGAUAGCAGUGAAGAGGUUGUCAAAAAGCUCGGGGCAAGGAAUGGAAGAGUUCAAGAACGAGAUUGCGGAUUUCGGCCUGGCUAGAAUCUUCGGGGGCAACCAAAUCGAAGGAAGCACAAAUCGAGUCGUCGGAACAUACGGAUACAUGUCACCAGAGUAUGCAAUGGACGGCCAGUUCUCUAUUAAAUCCGAUGUCUACAGCUUUGGAGUAUUGAUCUUAGAGAUCAUAACCGGAAAGAAAAACAGUGCUUUCUAUGAGGAAUCUUUGAAUCUAGUCAAACAUAUUUGGGAUCGAUGGGAAAAAGGUGAAGCUAUGGAGAUCAUAGACAAAUUAAUGAGUGAAGAUACUUAUGAUCAUCCUGCGUUUACAGCGGGAAGGAGGAGAAAAGUCAAAACUGGCGGCAGCUCAGAUAAUUGGCCCAGUGGAGAAACCGGCAGUACUAUUAACGACGUUACCCUCACCGAUGUUCAAGGUCGCUAAGAAGUGUUUUUCUCUUCUUUAUAAACUAAGAAGACUAUA